AUGUUUUGUUUGCCCUCUCUCCCCCCCUCCCCUAGUGAGGUCGUUCGUACCAGCCCCUCGGAGAACUCGGUUGCAUUUUUUGCCAGUCGUCAGAUUGAAUCGGAUUGGUUCCCCUCGAUCACAGAGAAGAAGAAGGACGGCAACUCACCGGUCUACUUCCAAAAACUAAUGGCUCCGGUCUUUGCGGGCACCAGGCCUUACGUGCUUGUGCUAAAUUUUGUUCCAGAAUUGUCUUGCGAGAUCAAGGAAUAA